GAAAGAUCAUGCGGCUAGCGUUUCUGCUAGAAUUUAUUCACAUUCUAUCAAUCAGUUUGACGAUAAUCCAAAUAUUUUUUUCGGAAGUUGAUUGUAACAGUUAUUCUCUUCUAUUCCGUUAUUUUUCCUUUUGCGAAGAAUAAUGGAUAAUAUCACAAUGUACCUACGAUGUUGCUUGUGUUUACGUUCCGGGAAAGUGAAGUUGACGUCAGUAUCCUGCAUGGUGCUCUCACAGAAGAAAACUUUAUCGGAUAUGCUUAGCGCAUCACUAGGUUCCGUGUUCAAUGAUAACAAUCGCCCUUCGAAGCAUGUGUGUUCACCGUGUUUACAUCAAGCCAACCGGUUGUAUUUAACGUGGAAACGAGCCAGCUUGUCGCACAUACACCAAAGAUGUACAAAAGGAGAGGAGCACAAUUAUCUUUCCUGUCGGCUUUGUAAGCGAAACGACACCGAUGAAUUGAUCGAAAUGUCUUGCCCCGGUGAGCGCUGGAAGGUAUCUAUUGAUGAGCAGCUAAAGUUUUUGGGUGGCGCUUUACGGAAGGAACGCGAUGGUUUACCACCGUACGUCUGUAUAAGUUGCCUGGCGGAUUUAGAGGAAGCUUAUGGUUUCAAGAAUCAAUGCAUUAACGCCACACUAAAGUCCUGGCAAAAAAUGAAAUUCCAGUCCAGUGAUUCCUACGAUUUAGUCAUUGAUCUGCACGCAGAAAUCGUUCCAUUAGUUGGCGAUGAGGCGAAUUCUGGGGCCGCAUUUCUUCCUAGGAAAAGUGCUUGUUCUGUUUGCAACUAUGAAUUCAAUACGGAACAAUGCAAACCAGAAUGUUCGGGAUGUUUAUUAAACUUUUCAAAUUACAACCUUAUUUGCCAGUACCUUACACAGAAAAAAACAAAAGAAUAUGAUGAAGUACAUUCCAGCGAAGCCAUGGACGAUGUAGACAGUGACGCUUUAGAAAAAUCAGUUGCUGAUGAAGAUGAUAAUGAAAAUGAUGAUGAUGAUGAUUCCUGGGACGAUGGAAAUCGAAAGGGAGUUGGUAAGAGUACCGAAAAUCGGAAGUGUCCGGAUAUAGAUACUUUGUUUGAGGUUAUUGACGAAGAGUUUGAAAAACAUUACCAGCAGAUAAAACGGAAAGGUCCGAUUUGUUGCGGAUGUAAUAGAUUUUUUCUUACAAAAGCAGAGGUCGAAGAACAUCGAAAAAAGGAACAUACUAAACCCACCGGUACUGGUGACUAUAACUGUAAACUUUGCCUCAAACGCUUCCAAAACGCAGCGUCUUAUAGUGCACACAACAACAAACUGACGAAACUCGUCUAUGAUUUUUGUAAAACAUGCCAAAUUCUUUUUUUGACUGACGCUGGGUUUAUGAGACACAAGGUUGCAUCUCACAGAAAGCAUACUUCACAAAAACAGGCUUCCGGCCAAUAUACGGAAGAAGUCACGAUUUUAUACCAAUGUUGUGUUCCAACCUGUCGCAAUCAGUAUGCCUCAAAUGAAGAACAAUUGCUUCAACAUUAUAAUGUUGUUCACAAUGAAAUCGAAAUGCUGAACCAACACAACACUUGCGCAUACUGCGGGUUGAGCUUCAAAAAUGAACAGGACUGCGAGGAACACAAUGAUCGAAGAAAGGAAUGUGUCCGGUAUCGAUGCAUUAAGGAUAGCUGUACCUUCACAGUAACUAAACUCUCGGAAAUAAUUGCGCAUUGUUCCGAGAAACGACACAGACAGUAUGGUUCUUCAAAGCGCUGGAAGCACAGUAUUCCCGAUUUCAAACACUUCGAUUUAAUCGGCAAAGUAGACGACAUAACCGACAUACUGCAGCGUAAAAGUGAAGCUUGCUGUGGAUGCUCCCUAUUUUUUGAAUCAGCCGAAGAUCUGAGAAAACAUUGCAAAGAGAAACAUGCACAAAUUGAAGAUAAAUAUCAAUUUCAUUGCAGCGACUGUGGAAAAGGUUUCGACCGUGAUGUAGGCCUAUCCGCCCACCUGUACAGUGCGGCCAAUCGAACUCAUUACUACUGUCACGCUUGCCGUAUCUUCAUGUGGAGAAAAUCGGACAUGACCUUUCACAAGGCCUACUACCACACCGAGGAGCAAAAGGAGGAGCUUGACGGUUGCUAUGACAUCGAAAUUGAAGAUUGUUUUACGUGCUGCGGCUGUGACAAACAAUUUCAACACCAAGAGGAUCUUGCAAAACACCGCCUAUCGAAGCAUACCUGGAGUCGAAAGCGGAAACCGAAAUUACAAGACGUGCGGUGUGGAAAUUGCGACAAGUUUUUCUCCAACCCAGAAAGAUUGAGACAGCAUCAGGAGAUGUACGAAAGCCGUACGAUAUACUUAUGUCAGGAAGCAUUGUGUGCGUUCCGCACUCGAGAGUUUUCUUCAAUGUUGCGUCAUGUUUCCUCGUCAAGUCAUCGAACAGCCGAAGGCAGAAAAUUCUUUGUUGCCAAAGGACAACAGGAUGAGUACCGUUGCUGUGGACAUCUCUGCGACUUUGUAGACAGCUCAUAUGAUAAUAUAAUCGAACAUUUUAGCAACUGUCAUGCGGAAAAGCGCGAUCGCAAUAUCGAUUUUUAUGGAAAAUCUGAUUUAUCUUGUCCAGCGUGUAUGAAGGGAUUCGACGAUCCGAUUACUUUGGCCAACCAUCAGUUUGCCAAAAGGAAACCGAAACCCGUUAAGUCGUGCCGAAUUUGCAAGAAGUCUUUCAAAAGAGACGAAUAUAGGAGUCAUUUCGAACAGUGCUCAAGGAAAACAGUCACUUCUAUCAAACGACCCAAGGCAAACACACCCAGAGAAGUGUGUAGCAUCUGUGGAAAGUAUCUGUCGAAGACUGCUAUGGUCCAACAUAGGCUUGCCCAUGAGAACAAGAGAGCAUGGAAAUGUAAGCUGUGUCCAUUGAGAUUCAAUACCGAAACAUUGCUUUGGAAUCACCGUGUCGUACACAGCGGAGAAAAAAUGUACAAAUGUCGCGAAGGAUGCUCUAAUCGAUACAAAAAUCCCGGCGAUCGAACUCGCCACGAAAAGCUUGUUCAUUUGGGCAUAACACCCUUUGCUUGUUUGGUUUGCCCAGAAUCAUUCGUUCGUAAACGGGACCUUCAGUUACACGAAAGAAAGCACACGGGGCGACUACUUUACCCUUGUGACUCCUGCGAAGACAGUUUCAACAAGUACAGUGAGUUUAAACUUCAUAAAGAAACAUGUACAGAAAACCAAAUUUGGAAAGAUGAAAAUUAAAUUACUAUCAGAAUAAAAUCAGUUUUAAUUGGAUUACAUUGAUGAAUGUCAUAGACCUUCACAGGAAAAAAGAUUUUGUAGUAGCCAGGUUCAGAGGAAA